AUGUCUGCCAUUUGUCAGAGUAACCCGCUGAAACAGCUUGUGGGGAAAACAGAUCAGUUUCGGGCCACCGGCUUUCGCCACCAUAGGCCAGCAACAACUGUUGCUGGUCCUUCGUCUGGACAGCUAGCAUCCACAGUCCAGCACCAGUUUGCUCAACGCGAAACGAACUCGAAUCCAUUCAUGGCUGGAGUCACACCUCAACAUCUCUCCAAUAAUAUGUCAUCAUCUACGACAGCAUCUUCAGGUCCCGUUUCUGGUGGUCCAGCGGCCGCUACAGCUGGUGACUCCUGGACCCGUCAGUUUGCUGCGAUGCAGAUCGAAGAUAGGCUGGGUUUCAGCAGCGAGUACAUGCGUUUGUACGAGGAUUAUGAAAAACCGCAACGUAACAUGAGAGCCUCAUUUGGCUCUACAAUCGGCGCCCAGCGGCCCAUGGCAGCCCUGGGCAACCUGCAUCAGCAAACUGUCAACUACGCCGAAAUCGACGCUGAAAUGGAAUUGCUUGAACGUGAGUUUUUGGAAACGGACUUAAGCACAGUUGAUGUCGUACAGAACGAAGAUCACACAAGCUUCGACGCUGGAGCACCAGACGAAGAACAGACCCGAUUCCAAAUGGCUGCUGCCGAGGUUCGUGGCUGUCUGGAAUCCCAUCAGGAAAACCCUAAAUUCCAGCAGUCACAGUUCUUGGGCUUGAUGCGCAAGAUCAGUGACGGCGUUGUCACGCUCCAAAAAACCGACCAAUCGCAUGAAAAUUACACCACACUUUACUCUCCUACUACUGGUGAAACCAUUGGCUCCGAAUAUUUCCCCGUGCAAGAUGCUGUCCAGCCUCGGCGUUGA